AUGGAUCCAGGCUUCAUCCUCUUCCCCAGGCUUCCUGUGGAGAUUCGUCUUGCGAUCUGGGAGUAUUCCCUUUCGCACUGGACUGUAAUCACAUUCAUUCGCGAUGGAGAGCGCGUCAAGUUAGUGGGUCACUUUCCCCGAAAUGCGGGUGAAACCUGCAACGAGGCACGAUUUGUCAUGAAGAAGACGCACACGUUCACGAAGGAUUAUGGAUGGUUGCGAUUCGAUCGAUAUAUAUUUUUCUUUCGCGAUAUUUCGUUUGAUCGAGAGAUAAUGCGAAGCAUUGAUGAUGGAUUCUGCAAGCUUAUUCAAACUGCAAUCUUCUUUCCUACAUCCUUCACCAUGUUCCUGGAGACUAUGGAGUUUACCAAAGGUUGUUUCAUUUCUCUCCAGAAAAUGGUCGUGGUCGCUCAAUGGGACGACCCUGACAAUACACCCCUUGAAGUAGAGGCACAGAGAGUCUACUGCGGCGAAGCACCAGAUAGAAGGGCCAUGUUCAGAUCAUCACCAAGCGAGAUCGACUUCUCCACCUUGUUCACCGAUAUACAGCGUGGAGAGGCUUUUAGUGAAGCCUCCGUUGCAAAAUACCGAGAGAAGCUACAGCAAGUAUAUGAAUUUUCCCAGCAGCACCCAGAAAUAUUGCAGGAGGGUAAUUUAAUUCAUAACACCUACACAGCCUUGUGGUGGGUUUUCCAACAACUGGAUGCUAUUUUUCAGUUUCAGAUACCGGACAUGUGUCUACGUACCCGAGAUGAGCUCAUGGUACCUCGAAUGCCCGAGAAGCCAGGGGCUUUGUUUAGGCCACUCCGUGGGCCUUCGAAGCCAACACGCAGGUCCAGACGGCUGGCAGCAAAGGCUGGUGUUGAAACUGAAUGA